GCCAAGUCGGAAAAGAAAGUGUUGGAGCUUUACCGAUGAGUUUGUGCUAAGAGAGAUAUGCAGGCUGCUACUCACACACACCAUCAGACAUCAGAAAGACAAGGACAGAGGGAGCGGUGUGAAAGGCAGAAUACAAAAGGAAUCAUAAAGAAAACAGAAAACUCAACAGUCAAAGAACUGAAAGAAAGGACCCAUGAUGCAACUUACAAGGCUGCUCAUUGCCUGCAUUCUAACUGAACUGACUCUUUCAGCACAAGCGUUGGUGAGUGUCAUCAACAUUACAGCUGAGUGUGGCAAGCAGGUUGCAAUGAGCUGCAACGUGUCAACAUCGAGGGAUGGGCUGUCAGUCAAACAUAUGGCGUGGUCCCAAAACCACAAGCUUUUGUGUCAGUUGGACAGCGGGGGGAAAUUGAGCCACCACAGAACCAUAAAAAGUGACUUCCACUGCAAGUAUGAAAAAGGUCAGCUGUCACUCAUCUUUGCAAAAGUGCAGCCGGAGGACAGCGGUGGUUCAAGCCGCUACAUGUGCAAACUCCACUCCAACAGGGGCAUUUCACAUGGAUACAGCUGGAUAGAGCUGCAAGAGUGCUGCGGCACAGUCAAAGGUGGUCUGUCCAUCGACGGCCCAGUCUGCACAUUCAGCAACGUCUACCCCGACGCGGAUGUGUUCUGGUCUUCCCAAAGUGAGUCACAAACACCUGUGAAGCAAAGUAUGUAUAAAAGCAUUGAGGAAGGAGGCUGGUUCACCAUCCGCAGUCAGCUGGAAUGGACUUCGAACGGGCCCUCCAACUGUUCCCUGAGGAGCAUCAAAUCUGGAAGACACAUUGCAUGCAAUUUGUCAGAGAAUGCUGAAUUACUCGACGGGUAUGGACUUAGACCUCAGGGAUUCACACGCACGGCCAGGAAUGGAGCAGGAUCACUUGAACAUUUAAGGACAAUUAUGUUGAUGUCAAUCAUACUGCUGUCAUGCAGAAAUGAUUAAUAAUAAAUAAUUCCACUGCCACGUUGUGGCAGUACAUUCAUGUAAAGCUAUUUCCUUGGUACUAGGAUUUUUGUGAUAAAGAGCCAAGAAACAUUGCUUGCAGUCAAAUGAAUCAACUUUCACGGUCCACAGGUUUAUAAUUGUGCUUCUUCUUCCUGACUGAGCUGAACAAGGAAAUGACAGACUGUUGAGUGAUAACAACGUAGCAGGUCAUCGUCAUGCCUGAUAAGAAUGGCAGUAUUUUCUCCUCAAUCAAAGAUAAUACAUCUAGUCAUUGUUUCUCUACAGUCUUUCUUUUUAAAAAAUGCUAUAUGCACAAUAA